AUCUUAGCCUGACGGGCAUUUUAACUGGUCGGACAGAAGCCGGAAAAGCAGCCAAGGUCUGCUCUUGGACAUGAACAACACGAACGUUUACGCGAUUAAAUAGGAAUUGUAUUAAUUCGUAGUAAUUAAAAAGUACUUAUUAUUCAUACUUUGGUAGUUGAAAGAAAUGAAAACGUUUGAGUGGGUCACGUUGGGAUAUUCGUAGCACUCUGGACGUUUUAGUACGUCGAACCAAAACGAAGCUUCACCCCAAAACAAUGUUCCCUUGUUUGGGUUUCACGAACUCUGACAGUUAAGACACGAGAAGAGUAAGAAAAGGAGACAUGUUGAGCUUGAAGGCACUGCAGAAGAACAAGACUGUUCGAUAUGGCGUGCCUAUGCUACUGCUCGUGGUCGGCGGUUCUUUUGGCCUGCGAGAGUUCACACAGAUCCGCUACGAUGCCCAAAAAGUCAAGAGGAAGUUGGAUCCCUCACUUGAGGCCAAAGUGAACCUGCAGAAGCAGUCGGUCAUUUUGGAGCAAGAGUAUGAGAAGAUGAAGGAUGCCAGUUUGGACGAGUGGAGGAACAUUCGCGGCCCGCGGCCCUGGGAGGACUCCCGGGAAUUCCAGGAGCAGCAGCGCAGGAAGAGGACGCCGGAGAGCUAGGACACACCCCUUUAAGAUAUUCAGCGAUGCCUCGAGAUACAAGUUUGAUUUGUUCCGGGAACACACAAAAAGAGCACUCUAUCAUGAAUAGAUUGUCUAUGCAGUAAUAUAUACUUGUGAGCAUUGUUAUUAUGGUCUCUCCGCGUUUCCUCCCCCAACAUUUCUGUCCAGAUAAAGGCAACACCGCCAAAUCGAUGUUAAUUAUUACCCCGCGUGCCGAUAGAAUUCCCCAUUGAAUGGUAGCAUUCAGUUAGCGGAGGCUAUGUAGUUGUUUUCAGUACAUGAGUAAUUAUUUUAGUUGGAUGUUUAGUUUGACAGUUGAUCCAAGUUUUCAUAGUAAAGCUGUUUUUUUGCAACUGUUUUACUUUCAUUAAACACAAAUAUGGUCAAUCCGCUUUCACGCAGGAAUGCAGAAACUGGAGAAUAUUCAGUGUUGGGGGACUGAAAUAACUGCAUUCGGACAAUGUUUUUAAUCGCUGAUAAAAAUUUUUGAUGAAUUUGA